UGGCGCCGGGAAGAUCGUGUCUUGAGGUCGCCUGCACUACUGGAAGGAAGGAACUAAUUAAAAAGAGACAAGCCGUUGCCGCAAGAAUAGAUCUGUGCAAGUGUGGAGAUAUAAAAUCCCCGUACAGAAAGCAUGGCAACGAUCCACAUUGGGCUAUUGCUUGGCUUGAUAGGGCACAGCUGGGCAGGUCUUCCCAGUUCCACACUGACAAUCCACCCUCUGAAACCGCUGGUGGAACGCGGGGGCUCCAUCCAGUUGACCUGCUCCAUGGACUGCCCAGGGGGGAAGGUGCAAUGGGAAGGCCUGGACACAGACUUGGGGGACAUAGUCUCCAACCACACGCACAGCGUCCUGACCGUGACCAACGCGGCCAUCAGCAUGGAAGGCAUGAAGAUCUGCACGGGGCAAUGUCGCAGGGCCUCCUACCAGAGCAGGGUGGAGUUGCAAGUAUACUCCUUUCCCGACAACUUGCAGCUGGACUCCCAGCCGGAAACGCUGACAGCCGGGCAGCCAGGCCACCUCAUCUGUUCCUUGAGGCAGGUGUACCCUCCAGGUGCCCUUACCCUGAGCUGGUUCAGGGGAGUGGAGAGGCUGGCGGCGUCUGAGGAGGAGGAGGAAAUGGAAGAUUCCCAAGAGCAGCUGUUUGCCUAUCGCUCUGUCCUGGAGGUCCCGACAGCUAUGGAGCACGCGGCCUACAAGUGCACAGCGACAUUGCAGGUUGAGCUUCACGCUUUCCGCCAAGAAAGGCUGGCCAUCGUGAGCACUCAAACUACGCAGAUGCCCAGCACUACAGCGGAGGCUGCCUUUAUCUUCAAGAUGGAAAGCACAAGCCACGUGGCUACUCCCGAGCCAGCCACCACCUCUGGCUCGCAUUCCUCAUUGGUGGCAAUCACCAGUGGCCUUCCUCUUCUCAUUCCCACAGAGCAUCCCACCACAGUGGUGGCACCGACAGCUCCCCCCACACUGGAGCCCCUUCCCCAAACAAGCAGCCAUUCUCCAGCAAAGAAUCACAUGCAAACAAGGCCUCAGAAAUCUGUGACAGGGGCCAACACCAAAUGGAUCCCCACCUCGACUUUGUCACCGUCGGCAGAGACCUUGGCCAAACUCAGGGCGACUUCCCAAGCCUCUCACUCGACAGACAGACAAACUGCCACCCAGCCGGUUUCCAACAACAAUGUCCGCCUCAUUGAGGUGGCCACGGAAAAGCUACGCAGCUCCACCUUCCUAAGCCCAAUGCUUUCCAAAAACCACUGCCGCCCUGUGAUCAGCCCCAGCCCAGCCCAAGGUACCACAGGCGACGCCCUGCAAAUCACAUGCCACGCUGUGGGCUGCAGCGAAGACGUCCAGAUCCGAUGGGUGGAAACUCCAGUGGAUCAGUCCCGAUACCAUCAGGAAGAAGCCGAGGGCCGAUCCACCCUGAUGGUACAGAGUGUUGACGUGGAGCACCAAGGGGUCUACCGGUGUGUUGUGAUGGCCAGCCGGCCCCAGAUAGCCAGUUUACGCGUCGUUGUCUCUGAUGGUGCGUUCAGCACGGACUCAAUCAUCGCCAUCGGGACAGCAGGCUCCCUCUUAGGGCUGAUCGUCACCGGGUACGUGUCCCAUCGCUUGAAGAGGCGAGGCGGCUAGGGGCAGACAACUCUAUCGCGAUCCAUCUCCUCCCACGCUGCCCCAAUGACUUUUUUGUUGCUGUCGUUGCCAGGGCAAAUGAAAUGAAUUUGGGGAGUGGUGGUGAGGCCUCCGAGGGAGGAUGGAACCAUCGCAUUGCCUGCUGCUAGAGUGACACGCAGGAAGACUCAAACAGUUUUUUCCAGCACUUCCAAGGAUCACAGAGCUGGAAGAGAGAUGUCCAUUGCAGCUUUCCGCACCAUGCGAGGGGAGGGUAAUCAACCCAUUCAUCCGCCUCCCCACUAGCAAUCCCAGCCAGACUGAACCCAUAACCUAAAACCAUAUAGAGUUUUUAUGGAUCUUGGAGGCCAUCUAGGUCAGUCGCCUGCUUAAAGCUGGUUCCCUGUUGCCAUUUGCCUUUAGGACAAGGCGACUAAAGCCACAACCCUAAAAACACAACUUACUUUGAGAGUUAGUCACCUUGAACUCAGUGGAAAUUAUGUUUGAGUUGACCUCUUUAGGGUGGGGGCUGUAAGAGGUAGGCCGUGAUCGAGGCUUAUGCUGUCUUGAAUGCUGCCAAGUGUACAGAAACUAUUCUUGGAGAACUGUUCAGCUCAAAGGUCAUCUGAGAGCACAAGAAGGGCUGGAUCAGGGCAAAGGGGGACUAUCUCAUAUCCUGCUAUCGCAGUGGCUAGCCAGAUGCCUGUCAUGGGAGAUCCGCAAGCAGGACCUGAGUGCAAGAGCGUUCUCCCCUCCGGCUGUUUCCAGCAACCGGUAUGUGUAGUUGAAAGCCGUUCCCGUGCAAUCUCAACCCGCUGGUUCGGUUCCUACCCUCUGAAGCAGAGGUCGGAAACCUCAAACCGGUGGGCCAAAUGCAGCCCUCCAGUGGAGGCUGGUCUUUUACACUGGAUGGGACCCUGCCCCACUAACCUCCUUCAUUACAACCAGUCCAGGGGGUGGCACCAAGUGGAGAACUCAGCAGGGAGGAGGAAGAUUGGGGCAAAACUAGUGAGUUGGCUCCGCCUCUCAUUGGGUCUGGUUCCGCCUUCUGUCUGGGCUCCCCGCCUCCCCCCUCCCCGCCAGUCCCAAAUGUGCAGCGGCUACUGAGCAAACAGCCUCAGUGACUGUUUCAUUAUUAUUGCCAGCAUCAAGCCAUUGGGAGCAGGAACCUUUUGGCAAUCUGUCACAAAUCCUCAGCUGACUGCCAAUAGCUUCCAAUUUAUUUUCUGCCCACCUCUGGUCCUGCUGGCCCACCUCUCCUCUAUUUCUUUCCCCACCACCACCAUCCCGAGCUCUUAAACUCAAGAAACCGCUAAAUGAAAUGAAACAGACCAAGUACAAACAAAACCAGGUAUUUUUUUCAUGUAGCCCAUAAUUAGACGUACGGACCUGAUUGCCAGACACUUUAGCGAUGGCCGUUUACAGAACUUUUUGAGAGUCUCUUCUCAUCACUUUUACAGAGGGUAGGUCUAUCAAUUGGCUGCGGUAGCCACAAAUGGAACCUUCAGCAUCAGGGGCAGGCUUUCUGGCUUGUAAAAUACUGAAGACAGCCAGCCAAGGAAUGGCUGCCAACUUGACACCCUUCCUCCUUGCUUCCCUGGGACAUCUGCUGCAAACAGGAGACGGGACUGCAUGAAUCUUUACUCCGGCUGUGCAGUGAGUUUUUGCAUUCAGUGCAGACCUUUUCAGCUACAGCAAUGUCCCUAAGAUGAUUGCUUUGUAUGGAUGCCCGGUCUGUUGUACAUACAGUGUGUUUUUUGUACAGAAAUUACCACAGCUGUAAUUAAACAUCUGUUUUCUCCGUCAUGGCUGCUUUAUGCUAUUCUAGUGAGCUUGCUGUAGGCAGUAGGUCUCCUCUCAUGGGAAACCGGGAGAUCAGUUCCCCAGCUGUUUACAAGGCUGCUCUCUACAUUCCUUUGAGGAAGGGCCAGAACUGUGGCAGAGCAGAGCACCUGCUUUGCAUGCACAAGGUCAUAGGUUUAAUCCGGAAAAAAGAUCUGGUGGUGGGAGCGGCCAUUCUUUGCUGGAAACCCUGAACAGCUGCUGCCUGGCAGAGCAGACAGUACUGAACUAGAUGGGACAAAUGAGUCUGGCCUGAUAUAACGCAGCUUCC